GGCAAAGUACAUGGUGAUAUCUAAUGAUUAUAGUUGACUACGACUGACCUAAUCUAAUACUUAAUGAUUUGGGUUUCCUGAACAAUAAAUACAUCUUAUUCUACUUUAUCUCUUUUCGAUUUCCGUCAAGAAUCCACUCACAAAAAACCUUCACAAUUGAGUGGCCUACUAAAAUUAACGAUAAGUAGUCUACUUCAUACUUGUUUUCAACCAAAAAAUGGGUCGUUCUGGUGGUGCUCCCCGUGGCGCGACCGAAGUUAGUGGGUAUGGAGGUUCUGCUUUCGACGAGGAUGCAGAGUUUUUCGGUGUACAGCGUGGAGCUGCUCAACAUGUUGGAGGCUCGACGUCGCGGACCUCAACUUCUGCGCCACAACCCCCGUUUAUGAAAGCUAAUCCUACUCAAAAGCGAAGCGCGACUCAAGUCGCGACUCAAAGCCCGAGCAGCAACGUAUCGUCCUCGUCUCCGGAAAACGCCUUACGCGAGCACCUCAAGAGCCUGCACGUUCCCACACCGCCAGACGAGUUGGUUUUGCUUGGCGCUGGAGCUCGCGAAGUCAACGGGUUAUACUCUAGAACACCGUUCACGGAGAUUCCGGUGGGGUUUCGGAAGCUUUGCCGCUCUGAAAACUGGAACGCGCCAGAUAUGUGGUUCAAACUCAACGGGAAAAAUGACUGGUACAGCACUAAAGAAACUCACUACUUUUUUGGAUUUGCUUAGAAAUAUGCGCCAAGUUUUGCUUUUGCAAAGUGUACUAGGAGGAGAACAGAAUAAUCUCGAGUAGACGGUUCUCACGGUGUAUAUAAUUAUAAUCUUCGUCAGGCCCAGUACAUGAUCGUGAUCAACAAUGCACGACACUGAUGAAGGCAGGCCUCCUCGCCAUGUCUAAAUAAGAUGAAUAAAACAUUCACUCCGACCAAGAGAUCGAUCAUAGUCAUUUAUAAUUCAACAAUCGAAAUCGUCACAAAAGGAUUUUUUGUUCCUAUUUAUCAACAACAAGUGUAAGUAUUUUGCAUGCGCUAGAGCUCUGGGUUCUCUGCAGCGGAUUUUUUCUGCUCGUCCUAUGAACCCAUGAGUGUAGUUCGCAAUGCCAAAAUAAACCGGUUCUUAUCCAAGCUCUAUUCCCAUUUUGGUCUUUCCGUGACCAAAAUGGAUGCCCAUGCAUGGAAACAGCCAUCAUCUUGGGUUUUUAAGGUAUUUAGUUUCGUCAAAGAAGAUCACGGGGAUGAAUACGAAAAUUAAGGAGAAGAUUCGUAUGAUUUGAAAUUGAAUUUGAGGAUUGUUUUUACACGAAAGCCGUGCUCUCCUCGUCCUCGUGUGUGAGAGGCACUGAAGCUCUGCUGUGCUCAUGAUAAGAUUUAGAUUUCGAUGUUGAGAUGAUUGAAGAUUGAUGUGUAGCAGUAGGGGUACGAACAGGAAGCUGAUUUUUCGUUCUUACUCGGCUAGUAAUCAUCCUACCUAGAAGGUGGAUGUUGACCACGAAAGUCUGCAUCUGCGUCGGCCUUGCGCUGUCCUGAGCCUGCUCUAGUAUCAAACCAAUACUUUUUGUGCAGCAUCGCAUGUGCACGAACCUCAUGAAGGCUUAUAAUUGUUGUUUUCCACUACCUACUCCGACUCAUCUUCAUCACAGGUACCGACACGAGAAAACCGGCGGUUAUUUGUACUACAACCAAGGCGACGAAUGCUGGUGGAUUGAUACGGAGAAAGGUAUCAGUGUUUACAAGUGGAGCGUCGAAGCAAACUUGCAGAAACUAAGGAAAGAAGGCUCUGGCUAUACCCCAGUUCGUCCGGGAACGCCUCUAGAUUUGAAUACGACUGCAGGAUCUGGAGGAUUUGGCACUACAACAGGUGGAUUCACAGGAGCUCCGCAUCAACAAGAAGCUUCUUUGCUGGCUGCGGCUCCGUUCGCGCCUCGAUUGCACUUGGUGGACAUGAUCACCCCUUUGGGCGGCGUUCAUAUGCGGCACGCAGUGCAGCUGCAGGGGCCGGCGACGGAUGAGCGCAAGCUUCGCGGAGAACAGUUGCAGAUGGCUUUUCCCGUUGACGAGGUACCCCAAGUUGGUCGACGCGAUCGAGAUUCUCGUUUAUGGCAGCUAAACACGAGCGGCACGAACAUGAACAUGCGCGCAGUGAGCACGACGAAUCGCGGUGUCCUGACUGUUGCCGGAAGCUUGGCUCAUAAUGUCAUGACAAACGAAGGAGUUCAGAUGCAGUUGGGAGGAGACCAAUUUGCUGGUGGUCAAGAAGAACUACCAACAGGCAAUGGGAAUGGCUCCAGCACUCUCGUCGAGGACCAAAACAAGCCCGCUCCGAUCAAGAUGUCUCCGUUCGAAGGUGCUGGUACACUGACGGCAGGAGAGAUUCCAUGGCUCCAGAUUCUGAAGCUCCAAGAAAAGUUGGUCCGUGGUGGAUCCUGCGUUCCUCUAGAGGGAUGGGAAAUGACGGACGCCAACAAGAGGAAAUACCGUGAUCGCGAUGCGCCGAUUAUCAAAGUACAGGACUCCGCAAAGAACAAACCUUGCCUGGACAGGAUCGGCUUGUCGGACGGAGAAGCCUCUCCUCGUACAUUGGAAGGUGAACACUCGCGCGAGCUCCGCAGUGGGGAUGUUCUGAAUGUCAAGAGUCGACCGAGCACCACAACUUGCGGUGCUUUCGGCUACAAAACAACGAAUGAAGAUCUGAAGCAACCUUCUUCGAGAGGGAGCAUUUUGAAGAACCGCCGGGCAGCUACUGCAGAUGGUAGCCCAUCUUCAAGGACCACUGGCAACAGAAGUAGCGUAAAAAUGCAAGAGGAGCAGAGCAGAGAAACGAGUGUCGGAGAAGCGUCCUUGUUAGAUGCAUUGUUGCCCGCAUUCGACUCAUUGUUGGAUGACUCAGCUGCGGGAUCGCUUGCAUCUGGCGAAAGCUUGCCCGACUUGGCCCGAACCGACAGUGCUACUUCAUCGUCCUCUUUGUCGGGGUCAAAGGCUAACUGCGCCAUGGGGCCACUCUUCGUACAGGGUGGAAUCACAGCACCAGCGGCAGGAACUUUAGAACAGCAGAUAGACCACAUGUCAUUGCUAGAAGCAGGCAUAUCGAGCUCAAGAGGUGAAGAAAGAUUAAUCCACGAUGAGUUGUCUGUAAUGGGAAGGUCGUUGCAGUCUGAAGCUUCUACCGUAUUGCAAACGCAAGAAGCAUCGCUAGCGGACGGCGAGAGGGUAAGUUCUCCGGCAGAGCUGCAUGAUUUGAGUGCACAGCUACCAGAGCAGGUUGAUUGGCAACAGGUUCUGUCCUCUCCCAGACCCGAGCUUCCGCGUCACGGGGACAGCCGAAUCGAAUUCAUUGGACCACGGACCGAAUCUUCGUGCAUCCUUGACGCUGUCCUGAAGGAGGUAGCUGCCGAAGAAGCGGCUGAAGCUCGUGCAGCUGACGAUAGUUUCUUGGCGCAGCCUUUCGUGGAGGCCGAGCAGCAGAAGAGCCUUCUCAUAGACCAAAAUGAGUUUUCACAACACCUAGAUAUGAUGGUGCAUUUUGAAGAUGACGUAUCGGGGUUCAUCCAGCAUAGUAGAGUGACCAACGCAGGACGAGAGGAGGAGGAUGACGAUCUAGAAGUGAGUCGAGUUGUUGGGGAAGCCCAUCUCGAUUUCGCAUCGCCCGGGGCCUCACUACUCUUCGGCGAAACCGUUGUAGAAAAACUGCGUGAAGCAUCUCAGGAAUUUCCUGGGCAGCAUCCUGAGUAUCCUUAUCCAGACCAGGAAGAACUCCAGCACCAGGUUGACGCUGGCGAGGCGGAGGAAAAUGGAGCUGUGCCGGAUGGCGCGUUUGACUCCGUUCUUGCUGGUGGCUCUUCGUGGGACCCAGAUCGUAUGUCCACGUCACGGGUCAUGGCAGCUUUUGCAGCGGCUAAUUCAGUAGCAGACUUGUGACCCGGGCUGACAGCAGUAGGAGAAGAAGGUUGUCGAAGAUUCAUCAAGACGGAGACUCGUCAAGACGGCGAACAAAUUUUUAUUUUUCUACUAACUUCUAUGUAAAUGUAUUAUAGCCGAUGAAAAAGAAACUCGUCGAUCAUGAGGAACAAAUAAAUAUUUCGAACACAUGAUGAGCAGGACGAGGCACUCCCGGUGUUUGCGUGGGUCGGCUGCUUUAUGCCGAUCCACAGCACUUCGCGUUGUAAUUCUUGGUAAUACGAGAAAUUACAACAACAUAAUGAUACAAACAUAUUCGUAACUAGCGAGGGUUUUCCUAGCACCAAUUAUAGAUGAUGAUAAAAUAUACUGAAAUAGUGAUAUCAAUCCAUGCAUUUCCAAGUCCAACACUGAUACUCAAUGAAAAUGAUGAUUUCGACAUAUCGAAGAACAUACAUAAUGACUACUUAAAGACAUGAACAUUUUUAAUUUUAAUAUACUAAGUAGCUUCAAGCUACUAGUAUGGUCAAGCUACUAGGCUACUAGCAGCUUGGUCAGGGAAGCGAACCCAGCAUAAUGAUUUGAAACUUCUACGUUGUAACCGACUUCGGAAGGCAGCGCUGCCCUCAGCCAAGAAUCCCUCUUCUCCCCUGUACAGACAUGAUUGCUUAAAAAAUGUAUGAAG